CCUUCAGUGCGUUGAAAACGCUAGAACUAUCGGACAUGCCCGCAUUGACACAUUUGUGGAAGGGUCCUACUCAACUUGUACGGCUCCGCAACCUCACUUUUCUAAAAUUGGAGAGAUGUGAUAAACUGGAAAGCAUGUUCUCAUUAUCCAUAGCCAGAGAUCUGAUGCAACUAGAGAUACUUCGUGUAUCUGAAUGUAGUAUGUUGGAAGUACUUAUUUCGAGUGAAGAAGAAGGAGAUGAAAAUGAGAUAGCAUCAACAACAACAGAAGCAACAGAUAAAAUUGUGUUUCCUAAACUUGAGGACUUGUAUCUCCAUGACCUGCCAAGUUUUACUUCAAUCUGCAAGGCUAUGAAUGGAAUUGAGUUGCUGCAAUUGAACACGCUGAAACUCAGCCAGAUGCCAAAGCUCAAUAGUUUUUGUAAUACUUCGGAUAGCAAUUACGAUACUACUCAACCUCUUUUCAAUAAGGUGGCCUUCAGUGCGUUGAAAACGCUACGACUAUGGGAAAUGCCCGCAUUGACACAUUUGUGGAAGGGUCCUACUCAACUUGUACAGCUCCGCAACCUCACUUUUCUAAAAUUGGAGAGAUGUGAUAAACUGGAAAGCAUGUUCUCAUUAUCCAUAGCCAGAGAUCUGAUGCAACUAGAGAUACUUCUUGUAUCUGAAUGUAGUAAGUUGGAAGUACUUAUUUCGAGUGAAGAAGAAGGAGAUGAAAAUGGGAUAGCAUCAACAACAACAGAAGCAACAGAUAAAAUUGUGUUUCCUAAACUUGAGGACUUGUAUCUCCAUGACCUGCCAAGUUUUACUGCAAUCUGCAAGGCUGUGAAUGGAAUUGAGUUGCUGCAAUUGAACACGCUGAAACUCAGCCAGAUGCCAAAGCUUAAUAGUUCUUGUAAUACUUCGGAUAGCAAUUACGAUACUACUCAACCUCUUUUCAAUAAGAUGUUGGCAAGUUGCGAUGGUGGUGGUCUCUAUGUGAUGAGAGGCACGAUGGUGAUAGGUUAUUGUAAUGGUGGUGAUUACGGGAUGGUGGCGGUAGUGAUGGACUGGGAAAGUGAAACGGCAAUAGCAGCAACGGCGGAGCAACGGAGAAAAGUUGCAAAGGAGGGUGGUGAUGGCUAUAACGACGGAAUGAACGAAGAAGAAGGAGAGCGAUGA